UUCCGUGUCUUCGAGCGGCGGCCGCCAGAGGCGGGCUGGGUGCCUUUCCGAUCAGCAGUGGCGCCAGCGCUGCGGGGCCCGAGCUCGGGUCUUUUUCAACCAAUCCGGACUAGCUUCAUCCAAAUUUUUUUUCUUUCCUCCCUUCCUUGUUUCUUUUAUUUUUUUUCUCCCAUUCUGUCUCUUUUUUGAAUAUUCCUGCAUUUUUAAAAUCUCAAGAUGGUGCAGAAGAAAACAGAACUCAAAGGCUUCCAUCGUUCUUUUAAGGGCCAGAAUCCAUUUGACCUGGAAUUCUCUCAGUCCAAUCACCUGGAGUCUGUCUUCAAUUUCGAAUGUUCCUCCCGGCCCGAUAUGCCUUCGAGUCAGCCCAUCGACAUCCCCAAUGCCAAGAAAAGAAACAAGAAGAAAAAACGCUGUAGAGCCACGGACAGUUUUUCAGGGAGGUUUGAAGAUGUUUACCAGCUCCAAGAAGAGGUCCUCGGAGAAGGAGCGCAUGCAAAAGUCCAGGCCUGUGUUAACCUCAUUACUAAUAAGGAGUAUGCAGUGAAGAUAAUUGAGAAGCGUCUUGGACACAUCCGAAAUCGGGUAUUCCGAGAGGUGGAAAUGCUGUAUCAGUGCCAAGGACAUAGGAACAUCCUGGAGCUGAUAGAAUUCUUUGAGGAAGAGGACCGGUUCUACCUCGUGUUUGAGAAGAUGAGAGGAGGCUCCAUCUUAACCCACAUCCAUCGUCGACGCCAUUUCAAUGAGCUAGAGGCCAGCAUGGUGGUGCACGACAUAGCCAGUGCCCUUAAUUUCUUGCACAAUAAAGGAAUAGCACAUAGAGAUUUAAAACCAGAAAAUAUUCUCUGUGAGAGUUCAAAUCAGGUUUCCCCGGUGAAAAUCUGUGAUUUCGAUUUAGGAAGUGGGAUUAAGCUGAACGGUGAUUGUUCCCCCAUUUCCACCCCAGAGCUACUCACUCCGUGUGGUUCAGCAGAAUAUAUGGCCCCGGAAGUGGUGGAGGCGUUUAACGAAGAAGCGUCUAUCUAUGACAAGCGCUGUGAUUUGUGGAGCUUGGGAGUCAUUCUGUACAUCAUGCUGAGCGGCUACCCCCCUUUUGUGGGUCACUGUGGGACCGACUGCGGCUGGGACCGUGGUGAAGCGUGCCCUGCUUGCCAGAAUAUGUUGUUUGAAAGCAUUCAGGAAGGGAAGUAUGAAUUCCCGGACAAGGACUGGGCUCACAUCUCUUUUGAAGCUAAAGACCUCAUUUCAAAGCUUCUUGUAAGAGAUGCCAAAAAGCGUCUGAGCGCGGCCGAAGUUCUCAAGCAUCCAUGGGUACAAGGGUGUGCUCCUGAUAACACGCUCCCCACUCCAAUCAUCCUACAAAGGAACAGCAGUGCCAAAGAGUUGACAUCGUUUGCUGCCGAAGCCAUUGCCGUCAACCGUCAGUUAAUGCAGCACGAGGAAGAGGCUGCGGAGGAGACCCUCCCCAUUAUCGUCAAAGCUACCUCAUGCUCUAUGCACCUCUCUCCUCCUUCCGAAUCCAAGCUGGCCAAACGCAGACAGAAGACAAACAUGGCUAAAGCGAACCCCAGCCAGCAUCUGGUUACCCCGUUGGUCCUGGUCGGGGAUCACAUGUGACUGCCUUUCCUUAUAUACAUCCAUUCUUCCAUUUCCCUCCUCCUUCUAUCUUUUCGGACAAAAAAAAGGUCUGCUUGAAUAGCUUAAAAAAAAAAAAGAUCAAGUUGGCUGGUUUCCAAGGAUUCUUUUUUGUUUCUGAUCUUGUUCAACACGGGCUGUUUUGUUUCUUGUUCCUUUCUCUGUCUUUUUUUUAAAAAAGCGACAACAGGUAUUUAAACUCUUAUUCCCCCUGUGCUUCCCCUCUUCCCAGUGCAUUUUGAUACACAUGUAAUUUUUGCUUAAAAGGUUUAAAAAAAAAAAAAGUUGCCCUUUCCUCCCCACUGAAGGAUAGCUUAUCUGGGGGGCUGCUGUUUUUUUUCCCUCUCUCAGCUUCUUGUACUGUGAAAGAGGGAAAGGAGAAACCCUUUCCCUUGUCUGUCCACCCCAAGCUUGAACUUUUAAACGUAGCAUUUUUAUGUUUGAGAGGGUUUGCUUUUUUACGUUUGUUUUAAUUUGUCCUUGCUAUUGAUUUCUUUUUUUCUUUUUUUAAACUUCUAACUACUCAGAUUCUGCACCUAAAAACUUCUGUAGGGUUUGAGAAGUGGGUGGGGAUUUAUUUUGUCUGUUUCCCAAUAGCACUGGAGUGACUUCGGGGGGGGGAAACAAUUACAGUCCGUGGAUUGUAUGAGUGUUUAUGGGGAAUUUAGGGAAAAUUGCAAAGUCUUCCCUAAAACUGUACGGAUUCUAUAAGCUGAAAGUAGUAGUAUCUGGGAUAUAAACAGAAGAGGGGAGAGGAAACCCAAGCAUAUAGGAUGGGAUUCCUUCUCCCCACCUCCUGGAAAAGUUCACAGCACUUAUUUUGUAUUUUGUUGUAGUUCUUCUUUUCAAGGGGCCAAGCUGCAGAUGAUACAAGAACCUUAUUUUAUUUCAAUCCAGAUAUGUCCUGUUAACAUGGGAGGGGUCCAAUUUUUUUAAAGAGCAAAAGGGGUGCAUGUUUAGGAUCUACCAUAGUUGAGUCUAAUCCCUUAUGUUUUUUUCCUGUUUGAUAAGGGGACAUAAAGGAGAGUUGAGAAAAGUUCUGGUCAAAAGGAAAGAUUUUACUACCUUCCAUAGAGUAAGCUCUUGCAAAAAAGAAAAGAAAAGAAAAAAGUGAGGUUUAAUCUGAAUGGGAAGUAGUCAACAUUAAUUAAACCAUCCUCUGCAGGGCUGUAAAAACUUUGCAAAAAUAUUCAUAGAGAUACGUAGAACGCUUUUGAGUUUGCAAAUGUAGAAUGCCCUAUGGUAGGCUUACAGUGGCAGAAUAGUUUAUGGCAAUCCUUUACAACUUUUGGUGACUGUUUUUUACUUUUUUUUAUUUUUAUUUUUUAAACCGAGGUGAUGCAUUAUGUUUGAUCUCCCCAUCCCAAAGGCAAAAUACGGCUUGAGGGAAUUAUGUUGAAAUAUUUCCCAGUCUUUGGAGCCUUUAAACUUCGGUUCUACUUAUACUGUACCAGUAUAGAUCUGAUUCCUCAGGGAUGAUUGCUUCCUACGGGGACUAAUUAAUAUUGGGAACUUCUAGCCUCCCCUGCCCCUAACCUCUACAGAACUUCAGUUCUUAUAAUUCUGGGUUUUGUGUAAGAGAAUGAUGAUGAAACUAGUUUAAAGCUAGACCUGCUGUAAGCUUGUGAAUUGGGGAGAAGGGGGCAGAACUGUAAUCAAACUCAGGAUGGUGUACGCAGAUGUGCUCAAAUGGUCAAAACUUGCUUUUUGGAAGAGGGGAAGGAAGGGAAACAGCUGGUGUACUUGGGUACAUAUAGAGUCUCAUAGAGAAGGAACUGGAGGAUUCAGUGUUGGAAAGGUUUUUCUUAAAAAAAAUUGGUUUCAACACGUGAAUUUGAAGCAGUUAGCAAGUAGCAUAAUCGGGUGAAAUUCUGGUGGAAGACCCUCCAAGAAAGAUGGGAAGAAAGAUGAAAAUAGUAUUCGGUUAGGGUUCCUGUUUGGCCUUUUCCUCUUCUCAUUGUCUGGUCUGGCCUGAAAGUUUUGGCCCAGCAUUAACAUAAGCAUUGCCAGAUGAUGGCCAAUAAGUUGUGCUGUUGCUGUCUGGGCCUCAUGAUUUUCUCCAUCCCUCCAUUGUAUUCCAGUGUUGAGCAACUAAGCCUGAGAGUCAUAAUGUGAAUCGCCUGCAACAUAAGAAAUCAGGGCUAAGUCAGGAGCAUUGUGGGAAAUAAAUGGCAGAUCCCAGCUGCUGCAUGAGGAUUGAUGCAGCUUGGCUGCUGCCGGUUAAUGCUGAGUCUAGAGGAGAGGGCCAGCAGAGGGCAUUUUUGUGGGGGGACCUUCAGUCCUGAUACCACCCUUGAUUUGAGACUGUCCUCAGUGUUGUCAACACAGUUGGGUGUUGAUAUCCUGUUUCACCAUGGAUCAGUCAUGGUGGAUGAGAGGCACUUCCAAGGACAUUAUUUUAUGUUAAUAGGUCGAGAGCUGAAGGAGGAAAAAGGCAUACUAUCUUCCUCUUAAGGCUUGGGUUAUAAUGAAACAUGAUGGUGCUUUCCAGGCACACCCGGAAAUUAGACUGUUGGUUGUUUGUGUCUGCUGGGAGAGACUCAAACGUGCAUGCUGAGCCCCUCUCCCCCUUUCCCCCCUGCUCUCAGACAUACAUAGGCCCAAGUCCUGCUCCCAAAAUUUCUUGAAAAGACUGUGCACACAUCCGGGCAGUGGAAACAUUUGCACAUAAAUCAGUAUUGCAUCAUGAUAUCGAUUGGAAAAUAUCCUUGAAUGUGUGCGUGGUGCCUUGAUACGGUGGCAGCUGUGACUAGGGUGCGGGUGGGCAGAUCCUUUUGCCGUGCUCAAAUCCAGUAUUAUUUCUGCCUGCCUUUCUUUACGCAUAAGCUACAGGGCAAGUAGCCGUAUGCAUUCUUACUUGGGAGCAACUCCUACUGAAUUCUGCUGGAUUUGCUUCUAAGAAAGUAUGUGUAGGACUGGUUGAUGGGUGAAGGGCUGCAUUUCUAAGUGUACAGGUAUGGAUGGGAAGGCUUAUUGAAUCUGUUGGGCUUCCUUCAGAGGAACCAAGUGGGGGGGAUCAACCUGUAGUUUCACUUUGGAGGUGAAAGUAGUUUUAAAAACUAGCUAGGGAGGUGGUUUUGAAACUUAGUGUGGUUUGCUGUGCAUGGCGAGGGAAAGUCUUGGUUAUUGUCUUAAGGUUAGUUUGACCUAUCUGUUCUCCUUUCUAAGCCUUGGGAAUUUUUUAUCCAGUGAUAUGAGGUGGAUCCUCUCUGGUACUUUUGCAGAAUUGGUUGAACAGCCAUGUAUAUAAACUCAUCUUAAGUGGUUGUAGCAAAACUUCUGCUGUUGACCUCAGCUCCUAUCCAGAUGUGCACAUUUGGGCAUGUGGGCGUAUGUGAUCUAAGAAUGAUGCUUGUCUCUGAAUAAAGACUUUUUUUAAAGUAACAAUACUAUGCAAAGAAGUUUGAAUUCUUUUUGCAGAGAAAGAGAAAUAAUGUUUUUCAGAUGCCAAAACUGCAGGAUAUUGAUUUUUUUUUAUAAGUGUGGAGGCUUGUAAAAUAACUUGUCACCUCCUUUCUUUUCUACUUUUGAUAUUUUUCUCUACUUUCUUGACAGAGGGUAAAACAGAUGGAUCCCCCUUCUAGUAUUAUUGUUUGCUUUUUAUGACCAUGCAGUCUUUUCCAACAGAUGCUCUUUCAUUAUUAGGGAGUGGGGUGGAAAGAGGGGACAGUCUAGAAUGUGAGGUACAGAAUACACUGGUAGCUGAGCAGGCUAAAACAUUGGAGAAAUUAUUUUUUAAAGCAAAGAAUUUUUAUCAUAUGUUUCAGAACAAAAUUCUAUAUAAGUAUGGAUUUUGUUAUUGAUGAUAAAUCUUAGUCUUGCGGCAAGAAAUUACUUGAACAUACAGUGGUGGGCUCAUGCCCACUGUUCAAGAAAGCUGUCCUAUAGUUGUAGCAGAUGGCUUCGAAAUUGUCUAGGGAUGACAUAUUUAAUCCUUUCAGGAUAAGAAGCGAAGGGACUAGCUUUCAGUUUGGAUAGCAACCAUGGUUGUUGCUAAGCAUGCUAGAGUUGCAUCAAAAAGAAGCUGGGAAACUUGGACGUUUGCACAGCACAUUUUAAGCCAGUGUGGAAACUUGACAUGCUGUCUUGCCCUCCUUCCUGCCCCAAACCCUGUACUAUUCUAAUUCAAAUGGUUCUAAACUGGUUUUAAAUUGUGUGGUGGGACAUAGUAUGCUUCGUUCCUGCUUUUUUUGUUGUUUGCUGUUUUUGCUUGUCUGUCCUUCAAAAGAAAGACAGUUUUAAGAACAGCGUAUCAAAAGUUAUGAGUGUAUUUACACUUUUUUUUCCUUCAAGAGCAUCUAUUCCCCAGAAGUGACAUGGUACCUGUAUUUGGCUGAGCAUUUUAGCUUGGUCUGUGAAAACUCUAAGCCACUUUGAUUAUAGGGCCAGUGUGUGCUUGGUUCAUCUGAGAAACAUGUCUGUAAUGUCCUCCUCCCCAACCAUUUGGGAUACUACUUUGGGAGGGGAAGAACUGCCUCUUACUUCCCUCCGUUUUAUUAAUAAAGGGCCAAAAUGGGUGUACCAGAGACUCCUGUGAUGCCUAUGGUAUACUGAUAGGUUGGGAAUGGUGGACAGUGACUUGUACCUUUCAGACCAGCAUUCUUAAGGUGAAACAUGUACCGUGCAUCGGUCUUUUUUAAAUAAGGAUACUUCUCAGGAGUAUGUCAGCAUGUGAAGGAUUGCUCAGAGAUCCCUUUUUUGUCUCUGAUUUGUGCCUGAUAUUUAAGAAACAAAACAUCCUAGAUAAUUUACGAAGUGUUUGGAAUUGUAUGACAGAAUUGUGCACGGUUACAGAAAAAAAUCAUGCAGAGCACCAAAUAAUAGCUUUUGCAUCCCCUCCUGUGUGUUGUUCAUCUUAACAUAUGUAGCCCUUCUCUGCAAGGCUGCACAUUUUUUUCAUAUGUGCAAGAGCAAUGGGUCAGAAUUGAGCACGUGCUUUUUAAUUAGUGAGGUUUUUAAAGCAAAUAAAUCAUUUUUGGCGGCAUGGGUGAAGUGGAGCAAUCUCAUAGAAAAACAUUGCUAAGAUCAUAUCUUACUCCGGGAUGGUGAAUGAUCUGAAUAUCUGAGUGAAAGGAUUCAGGUGUGCCCGAAAGGGAACUCUGUCCUCUAUUUUGAAAGGAUGACAUUUCUGUGGCCCACUGAAAGGGGUGGUUGUGAUCUGUUGGCACUGGGGUGGGUUUUUUUUUUUUUUUUUAAAGGCUUCUGUCAAAAUGACAUAACUUGCCUUAUUUCCUUUGCAAUGUGGAAUUCCAUCUCGGUUUGGAGUUGAUUUUGCAACAUGAAGGUGCAUCGACAGUUCAGGUUUUGAAGAAGUAUAUUAAGUGCAUCCAAAUUCCACACUCAACUUGGAGAUACUGUGGGCCAUGGAUGGCUUUUCUACACUUAAUGUAGUAGCCCCUGCUGAAAUUUCAUCACUUAGUUAAUUUGAAUGGGAAAUGGGUCUGAAGACUAGGAAUUUGGCAUUUUGGGCGCAUUCUUUCCCAAAUCUCGUAGCGCAGCUAAGCUAGAAAUGGUUGUUUUCAAUGCAGGUUUCCUCUGAUAAUCUAAAGCUGUAAUCUCAGCAUAUCUGGAGGUUACCAGAUUGGAGAAAGCCGUCUUAGACUUUCCCCCUUGAUUUACCUUCCUCUCCUUCACUGUGCUCCUUUUUGUGCGUGUGACCAAAAUUGGUGGUGCUUAGAUUUCUUGCCUCUUAAUUCAGAGGAAACUAGACGGAUGGGAGAGAUGGAGUGCUUGGAGGUGUUAGACUACUCAUUUGUAUUAACCCCAAGGAAUUAUGUGAAAUGGGCAUACAGCACCUCUCCACUGGAGAGCCUUAAACACUGUCCCGCUCUGCACAGUUCCCUAGGUUUGGAAGCCCAAAGAGUUAAACUGAGUUUAAAGUCACUAGUUCUUAAUGGAUCUGUGCUUCUGGACAGACAUGGGAAUGCCUCCAACAUGCUCCCUUAACAUCUCAACCAUCCACUUUCUCUCAAGAUUGCUUUCCACAUAUUUAUAAUUUGCAUUGUUACUUUCUAAUUAGUUGUGCACAGAUUAAUCUGUUCUUGCCAAAGUUCUUACUUUAAACCUUUUGUAUCCCACCCUCUCAGUAUUUUUCUUUGUAAAAACUUUUAUUGGAAAGCAUCUUGUUUUGUACCUCCAUGAGUUUUAAUUAGCUGCAUAUAUGAGGACGGGAAUGUCUUGAUGCAUCUUUGACUUAAUGCCCUCCUCUCCUCAAUUUAAGUCUAUUUAGAACUGGUUAUUUAGCAUUUUACUGUGAAGUAGGUUUCUUUUCUUUUCUGAGAAAAAUCAGUUCAGGAAAAAUAUUUUCCUUUGAUUACCAUAAAAGUCUGCCAAAGGUUUUGUGUUCUGACAUAAAGUCACCUUAAUGCACCACUGGGGACUAUAGAUGCAAGAGUCCUUCAGCAAGAGACUGGUUUGAAAAUGACAAAUUAAAAAAAAAAACUUUAAAAAUCUUAAAAAAAAAAAAACAAAGCACUUUAUUAUGUACCAGGUGAACUGAUUCAGCUUGAUGGAACUUUUUCCUUUGUAACACCUUGUUGAUGCCAGAAUUUUUUGUAUUCUGUUUUGUAAGAAUUUAAUAAAUGCAUUGAAACAUG